CUUGCUUUUGUGCUUAUAAAUAGUGAUUCGAUGUUGCACAAUUUCAUCCAUACUCAAAGCUAAAGUACUCAUUUGCAUACUAAUUAAACAACUUCGAAUCAGGUUUACUUGAGAGACAGACUUAGGGCGAAGAUGGCGACUUGGGAAGAAGGAGCGUUGAUUAGCUGCCACACCGUCGAGUUAUGGCAACAACUCUUUGAAAACCACAAACAAAUUAAAAAAUUGUUGGUUGUGGAUUUCACAGCCUCAUGGUGUGGUCCAUGCCGUAUGAUGGCACCGAUCUUUGCUGAAUUAGCUAAAAAGUUUACCGAUGUUAUCUUCGUUAAGAUCGAUGUGGAUGAACUAAAAAGCAUUGCUGAGGAUUUCUCAGUGGAGGCAAUGCCAACAUUCAUGUUUCUUAAAGAUGGAAAAGUAGUGGACAGGAUUGUGGGUGCUUCCAAAGAUGAACUCCCAAAGAAAAUCGAGACUCAUAGGGGACCUGCAUAAGCGUAGCAAAAAUACAUAUUAAUGACUUAUUUGUCUCUGCAGUGUCAUUCUAAGCAUGUUUAUGACUUAUUUCUAUGAUGUGAAGAAGACCAAUAAAUAUUAAAAGAUAUGUUUUAUAUGUACAAUAUUAACUGCCAUAAGUUAUAUAUUGUGGAAAAGAACAUUAAAUAAUUGGUAAUUGUAGUUUAAGGAGGGUUGGUUACCGUGUUUUGCUACGGAUAUGAUUUAGUAAUAAUAUUUGUAACGUAGAUGUGAGAGAUAAGUUAAUAGUUAUACUUUUUUUCAUUCAUUUAAUUAUCAUUGUACAACGAAUGAGAUGACAAACGGACAACAAGCCACGCCGCUAAGCAUUUUUAUAUGGUAAAACUAAUUCUUUUAAAGACUACGUCCAUAGAUCCACCGCAUCCGACGCGAGGAAACCAAACGUAUCAAAUGCAAAUGAUAUGAAUACGUGUUGAUUUUUCAUGCACGAUUUUUCAUGUUUGGUGACUUUGCCUGUAGCAGCUUUUAAAGCAGUAUGUCCCGCCGUGAAACUCCGGUCCUUAAGCCGACGAGAGGGGAUACCCCUGUAAGAUCCACACAUGCGUGUUUUCCUCCGACCUAUCCAAAAAUCAAAAUGACAGCCGAUCUAGAAAUUUACAGGUGCCUCUUUCUUGGUGGAAACCC